GAUUUCUUACCCUGGGUGAUAAUAUGUUAUUGAACUAUAGCUACACUCAUAGUCUGUUCAGAAGCUUAAUUAGAUCUGUUACCCACAGACAUCAGAGUAAGUCAGCGUGGCAUUGUUACUUCCCCACAGUGUUUGAAAAUUUAUGAGAAUAAAACCUGUGGCAGUGAGGUAAAGGUUCCUUUGCUGCCAUUAUGUCAGGAAACCACAUGGGAAAGGAAAAGAAGGGGUAAGAGGAGAGGAAGUCCCUGGAAAGUCUGAGUCAUGUAGCAACUGUCUUUGUGUGAAGGAGGAAAUGUGUGAAAUCCAGGCUCAGAGAGUGGAAGAAGGCACCUGCACUUAUUUCCUAAAGUAUUGUUUUUUUCAGCUCCUGGUGUUUCUGUUGGAAAAAUAGCAGAAUCCCUUGAUAAAUGAAUUGGCUGUAUCUCAUUGGAGGAUCUUUUGGACUCCGUGAAUUUGCUCAGAUAAGAUACGAUGUUCACAAACUACAUGGCAAGGUUGAUCCAGCUUUGAAAGAAAAAUUAAAACAGAACCAGAACCCUGUGACACUGGAAUCUGAAUAUGAGAAGCUGGAAAAAUCCAACUUGGAUAACUGGGAGAACAUCAGAGGACCCAGUCUGUGGGAAGAUUCCAGGACGGUUCAGAAACAACGGCGGGAGGCUCUCCGUCUCAAGACAGAGUGACUGAGAAAGCUGCCUUUGGUGCCUCUGGGAGAAAAAAGUCUCAGGCUGGACUGUCUUAAUUUUUAAUCCAGUGUCAGGAACAGACAUGGGAACAUUUGCACUGAACAGUUCAGCUGGUGUAUAUAUAAGUAACUGUGAGAUCAGUCCAAAAAGCAUUGUACUACAUGAAGCUCUUUGUUUGCAUCCAUUUGUGCAGAGCACCAUGGGCUUUAUGUGAAUGUAUAUGUGAAUUUUCAAUUAAAAAAAGCUGAUUAUUCUACUGAGAA